GCCGGGCGUGCCUUUUGUAUACAUGCUAAUGCGCAGGCAGGAUCGUUGCGUGCUCAGCAGUGCAUGAAGUGGCCAUGCAGAGAUCGGGGUCCGGGGAUCUAUAAGUACCCGGGGCGGACGGGAGCGAGCAGGAGCUCUGAUGCGCACCGCGAGUACGCAGGCAUCUGAUCUAAAGCAGCCAAGGGGACCGGCCAGCCUGCGAGUCGUGCAAUGAGUUGUCUGGAUGUUAUGUAUCAUCGCCAGGUUUAUGGGAUGCCCCACUAUCUGCCCAGCACGGCGGCAGCGUGUACCACAGCCUACUACCACCACCACCACCACAACCAGCAGAAGAAGAUAGCUGCGUACAGUAAGAUGCAAGAAGCAAUAGAGAUGAUUCUCCCAACAAAGCAGGAAGAAGAUGAAAAGGAGCAACCAGCGGAGAUGGAAUACCUGAAUUCUCGCUGUGUCCUCUUUACGUAUUUUCAGGGAGACAUUGGAGCUGUUGUAGAUGAACAUUUCUCAAGGGCGUUGAGCCAGAUCAGCUCCUUCAACCCAGAUAACGCAUCCACAAAAUGCAAACCAGGGGCAACGAGAGAGAACCCAUCAGUAUCAUGCCAAAGGACUAGUUUUCCCCCACCACUAUGGACAACAACUUCUGCAUGUUUGAGUGGUGUUCAUUCAGACUUUCCACCAGCAGCCACUGGCACCUUCCCAUCAGCAGACCCUAACAGCUGGCAUGGAGACAGCUUGCAUCAGACUGUACAGCCUCCACCAUCUGCCGUAUCAGAAACGUGGCAUUAUCCACUGGGUUCACAGACAAGCUCGCCUUAUACGCAUAUGCAUGAUGUCUACAUGUACCACCAUCAUGCUCACCCACACAUGCACCACCAUCACCGCCAUCACCAUCCUAGUUCCCACCUAGACCCACGAUAUGGACCGCUUCUAAUGCCCUCCAUGCGCACAGCCAGGAUCUCCCCUGCACAGUGUGAGACAACAAAAACUGAUGCCACUGCUGCCACUACUGCUACCUCGGCAUGGCCUGGCGCAUUUCAUGGAACUGUGGAUAUUGUUCCAGGUUUUGGCUUUGAUUCAGGUAUUCAGCAUCAGGAUAAAGGAAAGGACUCGCCGUGGUUCUGAACGCCUCUUUACUUGGAAGUCCAUCGUACUGUUCUACAAAGACAUCUUGGCAUUUCUUGCCGCAUUCAAUAAAAAAUAACCAUGACUCUGAGAAGACUAUUAUUUUCUUUUUCGUAUUUACAGAACCCAUUUUGCCCAGAAGUUCUUAUAUAAUAAUGUGACAUUUCUUCUGAGCCUCCUUCAAUGAUUCACCAUCGUCCAUAGAAUCAAAAUUUCCAUGAGAGCACUCUUCUUGGUUUUCUUCAUCCUUUAAGAGACAUCAUCCCCUUCCCUCCUUUAUGUAUCUACUUUUGUAGAGCUACCAAAUGUUUUGUAUGUUUGUUUUUUUUGUUUUUUAUUUGUGAAGCCACAUGGAGCUGUUUGAAGAGGACUUAUUUUUUAAAAAAAUAUUUGUAAAAUCUUAAAUGUUCUGUUUCAAGAACCAUGUCUCAGCGAAGUACUGGCAAACCAAAUUUUUGUAAAAGAGAUCUGAUUAUUUUUAAAUGUCUGUGAAGUGAUUUGUUGUCCUAUUGAGUCAUAUAUUUUUUACUGAUACCUUAGUAGUAAAUUUAAAGGGAGAUGUCCCACCCAGAUCUCUUGCGGAAAAGAAUAUAAAUUUUUUUUACCAGAUGAAACCUGCAACUCGUGUCAUUUAAAAAAGGUUGAACAUGAAAGAGUAUUUUCUUACAGAAUAAAUUAAAUGUCACUAUGUUUACUUCUCGAGAAGUUUGGACUUUGCGAUUAUGAAAGUGGACCAAAUGUGAACAUAAAUGUGAAGGAUUUUUGAACCAAAUUGAUGAAGAAUUGGUAAUAAAGCCAGUUAUAUUUGA